AUGAGUAGAUUAAUACAGCGUAUGGAGGAUCAUCAGAAUGAUAAUAUAUCCUCUUUGAAGAAAGCGUUUAUACGGCCAUCGGAAAGUCAAUCAAACAGUAAUCUUGGUGGCUCGAAAGUUCCAAGGAUAGAAAUCAAUAAUAAGUUGUCAGAUGUUGCAUCUAUAUCCCGGUUUGAACCAAUAUCGGCGAUUAAUAUGCAGGAAAGGGAAAGAAGGCAUGCACAUCAUAAAAGAGCAAGGGUAGGAAAUCCUGAUUAUACAUCUGCUACUACAGGCACCUUCAGUGAUUGUAUGUUUGAUGUGAGGGAUUCAAGCCGAACUAUUGGGGGUAUCCCAAAUAGUAAUGGUAGUGGCAAUCCAAAUGGCUCAAGCUCUCUCGCAUCACCAUCACCUGGUGAUAAUGGUAGUGCUAGUGGAGACGUAUUGAAUAGAGAUAUUGACAUCAGUGACAUUUCAUUGGGGAAUUAUGUGUUCAGACAUCGUCCAAUGGUUAUUUCGGGUGAAAAUGAUAGUACGUUGCCAAAUGGUAGACUAGGUUCCUCUUUAAAUAAAAAAGUACAUAGGCAUAACAAGUCGAGGGCUGAAGAUAAUCCACGAUCUGCUUCAUUCAAUAGUGAUAAGAAGAGAUUGGUAAACGAGUUUCUAGAGUCGAUGGCACCGCCAACGGCCUCCACUACAAAGAUGUCCAACAUUUUAUUCCCAUCAAAUAAUUCGACAUCUACGACGAAUGCGGUAGGUAAAGGUAACAUGAAUGAAAUUACACCAGUAUACUCAAAUGACUCUGAUAAGUCUCUGCAAAGUCUUCUAUAUCAUGAUUUGGAACAAUCACCUACUAGAAAUGAUAAUAAUUCACCUUCUUCGCAAAGACUCUCACCUGUAUCAAAAUUAUCUUCAGAGACCACAGGAACAGAUUCCUCUGAUGAUAGUGAUACUUCGUCGUUUUCAAGUGUUUCAUCAUUUCAAUCAUUGACUAAUAGGAAUGUAUCUAUCCAGAAUACGUCUAGUUUAUUACUUGACCAUGAAGAUGCCGAUUAUUAUCAACAUCAUAUUGCAUAUGCCUUGAAUAAUAUUGAGACAAUCAUGAAAGUGAAUUUACGUGAAAGUGCAAUGAAAAGAGAGAACGAUUUCCAGAAAGGUUUGAAAGAUUUUGAUGCUGUGCAUACGGAACUAGAGGCUUUGAAAAACCGUGUCCUUAGACUAAAGGAUAUUGUCAGUAACAAAUAUUUAAUCGAAUUAGAGAGAGAUUUUGAGGAAUCUGAUCCAGCUUCCUAUCAAUCAAAAUUGAAACAAUCUGUUGGAGCUAGCGUGGCAGAUCUGGAGUCCAUAGAGAAAAGAAUGAACCAUUGCAAGACAAAAUUAGAGCAACAGAAGGAAGUAAUUAAAAGAAUGGAUAGUCUGUUGUUUGUCGAGAACUCAUUGAUAUCAUCAAGGGAGAGUAUGGGUAUGUUUACAAAAUAUAAAUAUGUCAUUUACGACUUUAUUACUGUAAUUGUAAUAAUCAUUUUAGCAAUAUUCUUUAACAAGCAAUUGAAUAAGCCGAUUCCUUUACCUCAUUCCUUUACAAAUACAAAUCAAACCAUAUAG